AGCCAAGCCAUCGCUUGUAGAACUCAGCAUUUGGUAGCUUGCUUUGCACUUUACAUCAAAUCUGCCCUUUACGCGAUCCGCCACACAAUUUUUCAGUUCAGCACUUUAGUUGUUAUUAUUGCUAUUUUCCCUGAUUUGUUUCACAUAAAUUCUGUCAGACGCUUGAUUAAGAUGUUGAAGACUGGCUUCAGCAAACUGUGUCCCUUGGCUCGUGCUUCAUUUGCUCCAAAAUGUAUUUAUGGUCCUGCCAGCUCAAAUCGACGGUGGUACGGUGAGGGUGUCGGCGGCUACACCCCGACAGACGCAGUCGGCAGCGAUGGCUCGGAGGUGCGCCCGCAGUUUCCGGGCGCCACGGCCAGCUGGACACACGACCUGGAGUUCGUCAACGCGGACCGCUACAACGGCAUCCCCGUGUACCGGGUGAUGGACCGCAGCGGGCGCGUCAUCCAGGCCAAGGACGAGCCCAAGAUUCCUGACGACACGCUGAUCGACAUGUACCAGAAGAUGACGCUGCUCAACACUAUGGACAAGAUCCUGUACGAGUCGCAGCGACAGGGCAGGAUAUCGUUCUACAUGACCAAUUACGGCGAGGAGGGAACCCAUAUGGGCUCGGCGGCGGCGCUGGACCCCAAGGACUUCAUUUACGGCCAGUACCGGGAGUCAGGAGUGCUGAUGUACCGCGGUUACACGCUGGACCAGUUCAUGAACCAGUGCUACGGCAAUGAGAUGGACGCCGGGAAGGGCCGCCAGAUGCCCAUCCACUACGGAUCGCCGGCCCACAACUUCUGUACCAUCUCAUCACCGCUGGCCACCCAGAUGCCGCAAGCGGUGGGCACGGCGUACGCCUUCAAGCGCAGCCCGGAGAAGCGCUGCGUCAUCUGCUACUUUGGCGAGGGCAGCUCCAGCGAGGGAGACGCCCACGCCGCCUUCAACUUCGCCGCCGUGCUCGACGCACCCAUCAUAUUCUUCUGCCGUAACAACGGUUACGCCAUCUCGACUCCGACGCGCGAGCAGUACCGCGGGGAUGGUAUCGCUGGCCGGGGACCGGCGUACGGCAUCGCCUCCAUCCGCGUGGACGGUAACGACACGUUGGCCGUGUACAACGCCACGGUGGCGGCGAGGAACAUGGCCAUCAACGAGAACAAGCCCGUCCUCAUCGAGGCCAUGACAUACCGUAUCGGCCACCACAGUACCUCGGACGACAGCUCGGCCUACCGCUCGGUGGAUGAGGUCCGCUACUGGGACUCCACGGACCAUCCCAUCGCCCGGAUGAGGCUCUACCUCUCACACAAGGGACUCUGGAACGAACAGAAGGAGAAGGAGUGGAAAAACUCGGCCAAAAAACAGGUGAUGGAGGCGUUUCAGCGGGCCGAGAAGCGCCCCCUAGCCAGCUGGGAGAACGUCUUUACCGACGUCUACCACGAGAUGCCGCCACACCUAGAGGCCCAAAUGAAGUCCAUGCGGGAUCACAUGAAGGAGUACGGCAAGCACUAUCCAGUCACCAGCGACCGUAAGUAAGCCUCGGGACUGACUGCCGACAGCAAUCUCAGCGUUCCUCGUCACUUAGUAACGGGCCAGCCGAACGAGAGGUGCCCGCGGAUAUUGUGAGCGAGACUGUGAACAGACGGUGACUCGCGCAGGGCUACCGAAUUGUGCAAUAGUUGUCAUGGCAACAUGUGAGUGUGAUGGCUCAGUGAUGUAGUGUGAUGUGAUGUAUCUGAUGGAGUUUCGAGUGAAUUUUUAGGUGAUGGUGAUGUCAAUGUUUCUGAAUAGUUGGGCUGUGUUGAUGAGAUGGUGUGUAGUCUUGAGAUGUGGGUUGUGAUAGGUUAACGAAACUUUAUGUAGAUAUUUUUUAGAGUUCGAACAUUUCAGGCCAGUAGAGUAUGUGAAAGCACUAAACGAAAGGUUCCGACAUUUUUGUAUAGUUGGUAACAAAUGCGAAAUGUCCCAUCGUGUAUGUGUAUUAUACAGGCAAAUACAAUGACAGGUGCCAGC